AUGAGCGAUUCAUCCAACCUCAAAUCUGAAGCCAUUAUCGAGUUGAUGAAGCAACAUUUCAGCACCGAUGCUGGCAAAGAACUCGUCAAGAAAAUUGGACUUGUUUAUCAGUUUCAAAUUGCCCCUAAGAAAAUUGGAAUCGAUGAAGUUGUGUAUACUGUUGAUCUCAAGAAAGGAGAGGUUACCAAAGGGGCAUAUGAAGGUGGAAAGCCAGACGCAACUUUUUCAUUUAAAGAUGAAGACUUCGUUAAGCUUGCAUUAGGAAAGCUGAAUCCUCAGAUUGCUUUCAUGAGGGGUGCCAUGAAGAUUAAGGGAAGUUUGAGUGCUGCUCAGAAAUUUACUCCUGAUAUCUUCCCAAAACCUUCCAAGUUGUGA